CGACGCGGCGUCGCUGCACAACACGCACCGCUUUUUGCACCACUCUUUUCCCCUCCCUCCCGUCUGCACGUUUCGCGCCCUCUUUCACGAUUCCGGUUACCUUCACCUGCACCCACCCACCGCCCACCCCCCUUCCAAGGGAAAGAAUACGGAGAAGGAACAAGGGAGAAAGCUCGUCUGCCGGCCGGCCAUGGAGAGCUCCUCAUCCUCCUCGUCUCUGCUGCUCAGCUCGUAUACCGGCGGCAGCGGCAAGAGGGGCAGGGAGGUCGACCUUGAGGGGCCGGAGGCGGAGGCUGCCAAGAGGAUGCGGCCCGAGGACCUGCUCGACCUGCUGGACGACGACACCGACGCCGCGGCGGCAGGCGACCUGGCCUCCGUCAUGCGGAGCCUGGAGAAGGAGAUAUGCGCCGGCGACCUAGCCCCGCCGCAGCCGGAGCUGGGGUUCCUGCUCGAGGCCUCGGACGACGAGCUCGGCCUCCCGCCGGCCGCGGGGGCGUCGUCCUCGUCGGACGACGCCGGGGGCUGGGAGCCGGAGGAGCCCGCUGCCGUCUUCGGGGACCAGAUCUGGGGCUUCGAGGACGAGAUCGAUGGCGCGUAUGCCUUUGGCGGCAUCGCCUCCUCGCCGGAGGCUGCGGCGGCGGCGGCCGCGGCCGCUGCCGAGUGGGGCGAUGACGGCUUCGACGCCGGCCUGUUUGGGUUCGGGGACGAGUCCUUCGGGCCGUCCGAUCUCGCCGUGCUCCGCCAGGAGACCAUGCCCGCCGUCUGAUCAGUCGUCGUCAGUGGACGGACGGACGGAUGGAUUAGCCUUUUCUUUUUUAUCUUUGGCUAACCUUAGCGUUACCCUUUUUUUAACCUUUGGGGAUGUAAAGUUUCUAGAUGAUGCAAGGCUGAUGAAAAAAAACUGUGGGCAAGAAACUUGGAAAAUGUGUUGCUUGGAAUGAAUCAUGUAGAAAGAAAGGAAAAACAUCUCAAGGAAAAAAAAACUGUCAAGAAGUUCCAGAAGAAAUAUUUAUGUUCUUGGAAUAAUUUCUUUUUAUGAGACGAAAGAAAUGAAUAAAUAAAUCAGCUGCAGCCUCUUUUAUUUUGGCCAAGAAAAAUAAUGUGAACGAGUGUACGAGUCAAAAGCAGAUGCGUAUUUUUGGCCGUUGAUGGAAAUGCUUAAAAUGAUGCAGUGCCUGCACGAUUGGACGUUGACCCUAACCUAAUGACAUGACAAACCUAAAUAUUAGUGGUGA